UUAAUGUUAAAUGUUAAAUGCAAAGUUGCGCGUCGUAUGUUUCUCCCACGCAAAUCCCAAUCCGAGUGUUCAGUGCAAGCACACACAAGUGAAUAUAAUAUGCGGUGACAAAAGUGCAAAAUCGAAAUGUGAAAAGUAAUUUGCGUUCGAACAAAGAGCUAUAAAAUUGAGACUUGAAGGCGUCGUAAAAAUAAAUAAAGAAAUCGACAAGAAACAAAAACUUCGAGGAAGUGUUAUUUGAAUAAAUAAAUAAAAGGUGAAGAAUAAAGUGAGAAUUGGAGUUUCCAGGUGGGCAUGGCCCACUGCCCGCCGAGAAUCCGCUGGAACGACCGAACGAGAAGCUGCCAUUGACCUCUUAAUCGAAUUAAGUGAAUAUAUUUUAGAAUCCACAAGAAACACACAUACAUCUCACUGUUGCUGGCGGCGGCUCUCCCGUCACCGUCACCGUCUCCGGUCUACAAUCUUCAAUCAUCAAUCUCCCGCAUCCCGUCACCAGUUCUCACAAUUCUCCGGCUCACCAUUCUCCGGUUUGUUAGUCUCGCCGCCAGCAAAUGAACUCGCGGUCGCGUUCGAACUCCGCGACAGAAAGAAAAUGCAUUUUAAGUGAAUUUCCUGUGCGCAAAAGGCAAUUACGCAUCUGAUACAACCACUCUGGAAAAAACCAAAUCCCGUGCCAGUUUCCCCAAAAACCCUCCGGCAAAAAAAUAACGAAAAACAAGACAAAUCUGACUGAGCUGCAAUGGCCACCACACCAGCGGCUGGGUCAGCAGCUCCUCAACCAACCUCCACGCCACAGAACUACAAGGUGCCAUCGACCAGCAAGAUAUCCGUGGACAAGCUUCUGCGAGUCGGCUACUAUGAGCUGGAGAAGACUAUCGGCAAGGGCAACUUUGCCGUUGUCAAGCUGGCCACCAAUAUCGUGACCAAGACAAAGGUGGCCAUUAAGAUCAUAGACAAAACAUGUCUGAACGAGGAGUACCUGAGCAAGACGUUCCGCGAGAUAUCCAUUCUGAAAUCUCUGCGGCAUCCGCACAUCACCAGAUUGUACGAGGUGAUGGAGUCACAGUCGAUGAUCUACCUGGUAACAGAAUACGCGCCAAAUGGGGAGAUAUUCGAUCACCUGGUAGCCAAUGGCAGGAUGAAGGAACCAGAGGCGGCACGCGUCUUCACCCAACUCGUCUCAGCUGUCCACUAUUGUCAUCUGCGCGGGGUGGUGCAUCGUGAUCUCAAGGCCGAAAAUGUCUUGCUCGACAAGGAUAUGAACAUCAAGCUGGCUGACUUUGGCUUUAGUAAUCACUACGAAGAGGGUGCCACGCUUAGAACCUGGUGUGGAUCACCGCCCUAUGCUGCUCCAGAAGUAUUCCAAGGCUUGGAGUACGAUGGACCGAAGUCGGAUAUCUGGAGUUUGGGCGUUGUGCUGUAUGCCUUGGUCUGCGGAGCAUUACCGUUCGAUGGAAAGACCAUUCUGGAGCUGAAGAGUCGAGUGGUAUUAGGCAAAUUCCGCAUUCCCUUCUUUAUGUCGCAAGAAUGCGAGCAGUUAAUCCGGAACAUGUUGGUGGUGGAGCCAGACCGAAGAUACACCAUCAAACAGAUCAUCAAGCACCGCUGGCUGAGCGAGUGGCAGUCGGAGAUGCAGGAGGAAGAGCGUUUCGAAGCCAUGUCCUUUGCCCCCGGAUCGGGAACAGUGUCCAAAUCGGCAUCCACAUCCUCGCUGGGCAGUGUGGCGGACUCACCGCCGCAGCUGGACUCCGUGGUGAUGACGCACAUGCUUCAAUUGCCUGGACUGACAGCCGACAUGAUCGCACAGUCGGUCCAUGAGCAGAGAUUCGACAACAUCUACGCCAUUUACAACCUGCUACAGGACAAGUUGCAGCAAAGACGACGCGAAAACCAAAGACUGCAGCACCAUGCCAGCCUGGCCUACUCCCGAUCCCGCAAGACGAGCAUCACGACGGGCGUGGUGGAUCGCUCGGAGCCCGUCAAGCAGGAAUCUCUGGACCGGCUCAGUCCGCUGAGCAAUGCCACUGCCUCUAGCUCAGCUUUGGGCUUUGGCUGGUCCGAUGUCGCCGUGGAUCUGGAAAAGUUUGGUGACUUUGAGCUCGAAUGCCUGGCGCGAUCCAAUGAGUCACCUGUUAAUCGGCAACACUUGAGCGCCCAGGCUGGUGGAGGCGUCAACGGGGCAAAUACUCGACGCCAUACGGUGGGACCCGGUGAUGUGGCUCACGAACAGGCGCUGGCCAAUCCCCAUGUACCGCCCAUCAACUUUAAAGGUCCACCGCAAUACAGCGAUCCAACACAGCCGGUACCCUACUAUCCGGUCAAUCUGCCCAUGCUGCAGAAUCAACCCCUGCAAAAUCUCACCAUCAAGGAUCAGCAUCUGCUCAAGCCGCCCGUUGUUAUGGGAGCCAGCUCAUUUGGACGACGUGCCUCCGAUGGCGGGGCGAAUCUUCACAUCUAUUAUCCCGCCACCGGUGCCGUUGUGGUUCCAGCUCAGGGUCAGCAAAUGGACACAGCCGGUUACUAUAUCAAUCCCAAUUGUGGCACUGAUCCCAUGGCUGUGCAGGAGCUGUCACCGCUCAACGAACAGGCGCAGAUGCAGUGCUGCCAGGAGAAUGCCACCGGCGAAUGCAGCGAGGAGCUACAGAGUUACAUGCAAAAACGCGGAGGCACUCAACGUCAUACAGUGGGCUGCACGGAGGAUCUGUCGGUGACACAUGGUCCGGGACCCGGAUCACAGUCCCAGGCGCCAACCACCUCUUCUAAUAUGCGGCAGCGGCGAACUGGUCUGCUCACUGUCACCGAAAGGCCGCCAGUGAUUCCUCCCGAAUUAAUACGCGAGGUUGAGUCUCGCAUGAACCGCGACUAUUUGCCUCCGACCCUGAAAUCUCUUAGCCAAUCGCCGCCCAAUGGUACAUAUCCGGUGGGCGUGCCCAUGGGCAUGUCAAAGGGCAUGUCGCCGCCACAUUCCCUGCCCUUGGUGGCAGCCGCCGGUGGUUCUGUGCCCCUGGUAGCGACCAACAAUCGGCGCUUCCAACGGGUGGUCCACUCGAAGUUACCCACCGUUCAGGAGGGUGCGACAAUAGGACGUUAUAGUCCAGUGCGUCGAGCCUCGGAGGGAUCCAAAAGCCAGUUCCAAGGACCGCUGCAGGAAUGCCAAUCCCUGCAGAAAGGUAUUGCACAGAGAAACUUUUUGGUUGCACCCAGUCCGCCGCUUUUAGAAAAUUCGAUCAGUUUGCCAGGUUCACCCAUUCAUGGCAAACCUGGCAUGGGUUUGCAGCUGGCUCUGCGGCGUGGACAUGACAUUGAAGUUCCUCCGGAAGCCAUCAAGAAUCUGAUGCCCGCCCUGGAUCGUCUGGUCAAGGAGCAGCGUGUUAGUUUUGAAAUUGCUAACAAGAUAAUCUCAACGCAUGUGGUACCCAUGGAUUUGGCUCCACUUUUGGGACUGGCAGCGCAUGCUUCUAGCACGGCGGCGGUUAGUGGAGGACACCUCGAUCAGAGUCAUUUGUUGCACCUCCAACAGCAGCAGCAGCAACAGCACAUGCUAAGCUUCAGUGUUUCGCCACUUAGCCUGCCGCAGAGUGGCGCUGUGAAUGCCUCAUUGACCUCCGCUAAACAGAUGUUUGGGCAACCUAUCUGUGGAUACACCCAAUACCAACCUAUGACACUGGCCUUGCAACCACAGCAACUGGUGGGACAGUUCAGUAGCAUCAACCUGGGAGCCAGCAACUCGAAUUCGAGCAGCGGCUGCCAAUCGCCGGUAUACAGUACCAGCUUCAGUGGUAGUUGCUCACCCAAUCCUUACCUGCCCUGCGCUGGCGGUGGAUCGUCACCGCUGCAUCAGAUCACCAAGGGCAUAUCUGGUUUGAGUACUGGUUGUGCUGGAGGAUCUAUCACCCGUGGCACUUCAGCCGCUAGCGAAGGAGCAGCGGCAGCCGCUGCAGCGAAUCAACCUCUAGACCUUUCAAUGGAUGUUUGUGGCGGGGGAAUGGAUCAGCAGCCCACGGACUAUGCAGCCACCAAUUGGUUCAUGCCCACGGCUUCGUACUACGACCUUAAACCGCUUAAUCUAUCGCCAGCUCAACCCGUAAGGGUGGUGCCCACGCCUCCAGCCUCACCCAACUUGUGCAUCAUACAGGAGGAGAAUGGUAACGGCCAAAUGUGUCACACUAUCAGCACGGGCACUCCAUAUGCGGGUUGUACUGGUGGGAUAACGCCGCAGAUAUGCCUGACAGAUGUCCAGGGCAGUGAAAUCACUUUGGUUGCCCUAUCCUCGGACAAUAGUCGCGACAGCGAGGAUUCCCUGGAACAGCACACCCCGGUUAUGUCACUGCAGGGCCUGAUCAUCACGGAACCAAGCAGCGAUAUGCCAUCAAUUACCAGAGGUAUUGGACGUAAGGCCAGUCUAGAUUGCGAAUCGAGUGGUGGAAGUCAUUGCCCAGUGGUCAGUGGCUCUUCACAUGCCACCCAAUCACAAUCCCAGACUCAAACCGAAGCUCAAUGUCGACGGGGCAGUGACAAAUCGCUUGGUUUCUCUGACGAUUCACUAAGCAAUGACUCAAAUAACCUGUCGCCCUGCCAAGAGCCUUCCGCCAGCUCUGGUUUUAAGUCGGAUUCCCACUCGGAGAUGGGUGAUCACACCGAGUGUGGCCAUUUAACACCAGAUUCUAUGUGCGAUUCGCGGCGCAUGUCGGAUGAGAUGUGCUACGAAGUCCCGCUGCCGCAUGAGUGCUCCAAUUUGGACUCCACCCGUAUUCUGGAAAUGGUGAAGCAGACCAUUGACUCCACAAUGCCACCGAAAGGCUUUGUGCUGCAUAAGGGAAGCAUUAGCUCGGAGGAUAGCGGAGCAGAGUCGCGCCACAGCAGUGCCUCUAAUGCAUCCAGCUCGAAUCCUUUAGCAUGCGAAGCGGCUUCCCUUUUGGCAUCACACUCUGGUUAUGGAGAGCCAACCACCAAUCUCAGUUUGGAGUACUCGGGCGGACUGCAAAUCGAGCUGCAGGUGUGCGAGGGACGAAGCCGGGAUCACCAUGGAGCUGGGAAGGGAAUCAAGUUGCGACGCAUUUCCGGGGAUCAGUUCGAGUACGGAAAGAUCUGCCAGCAGUUGAUCAGCACCAUUACCAUGCAGCAGGUGGCAGGCUAGAUUAAGGAAUCCCGCCCUGCUAGCUACCCAAAAUGACUACUCGCCUUGCCUAAACUCUGCGUAGCUGUGAUUAAAGCCGAUAUGUACGAUAUAUAGCCAUCUUAAAAACAGUAAUAAUUGGAUAGGAGUUAGUUUCCAAUUUCCUAACAAAGUGCAUCCCUUUCCCGUUUUUCGAGUUCAGUAGCAUAAUCAAAAUUUUGAAUAUCAAUUAUAGACACUUUUUUCAAUUGUUCGUCGAUCACACCGAUUCUUAGCUAGUUUAAUUCAAAACGGAAUGUGUAUAUGUACGUGUAGAAAUAUUUCAGAUAUUCGCAAACGAAUUACGCACAUGCCUAGGUAGUUCAGAAAAUUUGUAAUACAAAUUGGAAGGCGAAAGAUUUUUCAGCAACAGGAGCAAGUAAAUUACAUUCCAACAGUAGAAAUUUCAUACAAAGGAAACUAAUGUUUGUUCUAGAUAAAAACUAAAAAACUACAUUAUAUACUAUAUAUAUAUAUAUCGACUAAUGUUAUUUUCGACUUUUGUGCAAUUCGUAAACGAGAUAAUAGUGUUUAUUUUGUCAACUCAGUUCAAUGACGAUACGUACAUCUAUAUCUUCAUGAGAUAUAGAUCAACUAAAUAUUAAUAUAUAUAGGUGAUUACUAAAUCUGUAGUUAGUUUGCAGUGGCGAUUCGUAGCUCCGAUUAGUGGUAAGCUCUUGAUUCCGUUAAAUUUUAAACAUUUUUUUAUGAAUGUAGUGAAAGUUUGUUCAGUUAUUAUACACACAAUCUAUGGUUAGAGUUAUAUUCUACGGAGUAAACACAACAUUGAUAAAUCUAUUUUUUAAUGAAAGACUGCUGUGAUUUUAAAUGUAAUUAAUUAAUUUAAAGCGAAGGAUGGAAGAAGUAAACAACAACAAAACAAAAACAAACAAAAACUACAAACUUGAAACCAAUUAGUUAUAUUAUUACAUAAAUAAAUAAUUCAACUUUAUCUUAAAUAAAUUACCAAUUCUCCAAACAUAA